CGUCCUAAUGUUCAGAGGAAGGACAUAUAUAUCACGUGUAUAUGUAUAAAUCCUCGGUUAGUGUAAAUAUUAAUUCUUCAAGAAUUCAAUGUAAAACAAAACUAACAAAAUAACCAAUACAAGUUUACCUCGUAUGCUUUAUAUUACAAAUCGACAGACACGUUUAAAAUGAGCCUAACGAAAGCAUCAAACAUUGAUGAAUAUACUUCAAAGAAGCAACUGAGUAUAGACCAAGAUACCUAUAUGAAUAGAACAUUCAAUACGUGUCAAAAGGACAGUGUUAAAGCUUGCUUAGAACUGACAGACGAGAACAGAUCAUCUAUGUUAUCUAAACAAGAAGAAAAUAUAGGUGGACACGUAGAAUUUCAACAUGACAACAGGUCAGAAGUGUUUGAUGGAUCUUCAAACGAUGUAAAUGAUACUUCAUAUUAUGAAGAUGAGAGUUCAAAUGAUGAAGAAGAAAGCAACGAUCUCGACUUUAAAAAGAAAGCAUGCCUUUUUAAAUGUAAAUUAUGCGGGAAACGAUUUCAGAGCAAAGCCAAAGUACAAAUACAUAUGUCCUCCCACACAGGAGAAAAACAACAUAGCUGUCAACUUUGUGAUAAAAAGUGUAUGACACAGCAAAGUCUGUAUUCACAUAUUGUAGCAGCACAUCCGGAUGAAGCUGGAGAUUUAGCACGAUAUUCGUGUGAUGUGUGCAGAAAGAAAUUUCAUAGUAAAUGCAAAUUGUUAAACCACUCUAAAACCCACUUAAAACAGAUUCUGCCAUAUCAAUGCAAACUCUGUCCGAAACGAUUUUUGGUACUUAGUAGACUGAAGACACAUAUGAAAACACAUACUGGUGAAGGAUUGUUUACAUGUAAAAUUUGUGAUAAAGCAUAUACAAGCCAAGGCUCGCUUAAAUCUCAUAUCAAUAAUCACACACACGAGAUUGAGUAUAAGUGUGAAACUUGCAACAAAGUCUUUUUUACAAAUGGCGGUCUAAUAAAGCAUAGAUUAACACAUUCCGAUGAUCGACCAUGGAAGUGUUCGAUCUGUGGUAAAAGAUUUAAGCAGAAUAGUCAAAUGCAUCAACAUAUGGAAUCCCAUAAACCGAAAGAGGAAAGAAAACCUAGAAAAAUUACAACGAAGGAUUUCAAAUGUGAAAUAUGUAAUAAAGCAUAUAGUUGUAGUUCUCAUUUGGUGAAACAUAUGCAAAUUCAUAAUGGCGAACAAUACACGUGUGAGGUUUGUGGUAAAGAUUUCGUUAAACAGAUAGCCUUGGAUAUUCAUAUGAGAGGUCACACGGGUGAAAUGACUCACAAGUGCGAAGUUUGUGGGCGUGGAUUUGGUUGUCAUGACUAUCUUAGACGUCACAUGAGAACACAUACGGGUGAGAAACCUUAUAGUUGUGACGUAUGCGGGGCUCGUUUUACUCAACCAGCUGGCCGAAACAGACAUAAACGAAUACACACGGGUGAAAAACCUUUUAAAUGUGACAAAUGCGACCGUUGUUAUAGUGACAAGUAUUCAAUGCAAAAACACGCACUUCUGAGUCACUCAGAAAAUCCUGAACUUAAAUACAAAUGUGAUAUUUGCUCAAAACACUUUACUUCAAGAUUCGGAUUAAACUGUCACUUAAAAUCAAUACACGAUGGAACAAAAGAUCAAAAAUGUGAAUUAUGUGGCAAAGCUUAUACUCUGAAAACUUUUCUUCAGAAACACAUGAAGAAGAUUCACAACAAAUGAUGCAUAUUAAAAAGAUGGAUCAUUGUUUUAUGAUUUUUUUAAAAAUUAAAAUAUUUGUUUGUC